AUGAAGCCUGAUAUGAAGGAGAUAUCUGUUCAGACUGGAGUGGCUACUGUCAUCGCCAACAAGCUGGAGCAACCUGAUCUCGAUAAUCGGUCGUACCGUGUAAUUCAGCUACCUAAUAAGCUCGAGGCGUUGAUUGUGCAUGACCCGGACACAGACAAAGCCAGUGCUGCGUUAGACGUGCAUGUUGGGAACUUUUCCGACAGUGAAGACUUACCAGGUCAAGCACAUGCUGUAGAACAUCUUCUGUUUAUGGGAACUGAAAAGUAUCCAAAAGAGAAUGAGUACUCUCAAUAUCUAGCAGAAAAUUCUGGGCAUUCCAAUGCGUACACUGCCUCCACAUCUACAAAUUACUACUUCGAAGUAGGGCACGAGCAUUUCUAUGGUGCACUUGAUCGUUUUGCACAGUUCUUUAUCGCUCCGCUCUUUCUCGCAGAGACACUCGACCGUGAGCUUAGAGCCGUGGAUUCUGAAAACAAGAAAAAUCUUCAAAAUGAUACUUGGAGGCUUCAUCAAUUAGGAAAAUCGCUAUCUAACCCUAAGCAUCCAUACUGUCAUUUCUCUACAGGAAAUCUUGAGACAUUGAAAGAACAGCCAACUAAGAAGGGAAUUAACGUCAGAGAUGAAUUUCUGAAAUUCCAUGAUAAGUACUACUCAUCAAAUGUGAUGAAACUCGUGGUUUUGGGUAGAGAAGACUUAGAUACACUUGAGAAAUGGGUUGUGGAGUUGUUUGAGGGUGUCAAAAACAAGAACCUACCAGAUCCUAAGUUCGAAGGGCAACCUUUCACUGAGGAGCAAAUGCUGACGCAAUACUUUGCUAAACCUGUUAUGGAUACCCGAUCAUUGGAUAUCACGUUCCCGUACCUUGAUGAAGAAAAGUUGUUCCGGACACAACCCUCGAGAUAUGCAGCCCAUUUAAUUGGGCAUGAGGGCCCUGGUUCCAUACUUGCAUAUCUGAAAAAGAAAGGAUGGGCCAAUGGGCUUUCAGCUGGACCAACAUCGGUUUGUAAUGAUGCUGCUUUCUUCUAUAUCUCUAUCAGGUUGACAGAAGAAGGAUUAGAUCAAUAUGAAGAAGUUGCAAAGCUUGUAUUCCAAUACAUUCACCUUAUUCGUAGUACUCCCCCACAGGAGUGGAUCAUGAAAGAGCUUCAAGCUGUUGCUGCUAUUGACUUCAAAUUUCAACAAAAAUCUCCAGCUUCCAAGUUCACAUCACGCCUUUCUGAUGUAAUGCAGAAGCCCCUUCCUAGAGAGUGGCUCCUAUCGGGAACGAGUUUGAUUCGCGAGUUCGACCCGGCUAUCAUCAAAAAAUCUUUAGAAUUUCUACGACCUGACAGCUUUAGGCUUUCCAUUGUCUGUAGGGAUUGUCCUAAAGGAAAAUGGGAAGCAAAGGAGAAAUGGUAUGGGACUGAAUACAAGGUUGAGAAAAUUCCCCAAAAGUUUCUGUCUGAAAUUCAAGACAUCUUUAAGAAGAAAGUGGAUGAUUUGGAGAAGGAGCUACAUCUCCCUCAUAAGAACGAGUUUAUUCCCACAAACUUCGAUGUUCAAAAGAAGGAAACAAAGGAACCUUCAAAAAUACCAGCAUUAAUAAAGCAUACAGACUUAUCUAGAGUUUGGUAUAAGAAGGACGACACCUUCUGGGUUCCCAAAGCGAACAUAUUCUGUACACUUCGGAACCCCAUAGCAUAUGCGAGUCCUGGAAGUGCUGUGAAAGCGAAACUUUAUUGCGAAUUAGUCAAGGAUGCUCUCAAUGAAUACGCUUACGAUGCGGAAAUCGCUGGCCUUGAAUAUUCUUUGGCUGCCCAUUCGCUGGGAUUAGACAUCGAGAUUUCAGGCUACAACGAUAAAAUGUCUGUGCUAUUAGAGAAACUUCUUACAAAGAUGCGUAGUUUAGAAAUUUCGCCCAGUCGGUUUAAUGUUAUCAAAGAACGAACUCUGAGAGGCUACCGAAACUGGGACUUCGCCCAACCGUAUUAUCAGGUUGGGGAAUAUGCCAGGUACCUGCACGCUCAACAGAUGUGGCUGAACGAUGAGCAUCUCGAGGAGCUUGAAACCGUUACUAUGGAAGAAGUGCAAAGCUUUUAUCCAUUGAUUCUUAAGCAGUUACAUAUUGAAUCCUUGGUCCACGGAAAUCUCUACAAAGAGGAUGCUCUUAGACUUACCGCAAUGGUCGAAACAAUCCUUAAACCUCGGCCACUCCCUCUUGCGCAGUUUGGCAUCCGGAGAUCUCUUCUUAUGCCGCCUGGUGGGAAGUUUAUCUAUCCCCGAAAGCUCAAAGAUGAGAAAAAUGUGAAUUCAUGUAUUGAGUAUAGUCUCUACAUUGGAGAGCAUACUGAUCGAAAGCUCCGGGCCUUGACAGUCCUGUUUUCACAGUUGACUGAAGAGCCCGCUUUUGAUUUGCUGAGAACUAAGGAGCAACUUGGAUACGUAGUGUUCUCUGGUGCUCGUAUCAAUACUGCCACAAUUGUUUAUCGGGUUCUUAUCCAAUCUGAGCGAUCCGCUCCGUACCUGGAGUCAAGAAUUGAGAAUUUCUUGAAAUCAUACAAGACCACCCUCGAUAAAAUGACAGAAAAAGAACUCAAAGGUCAUAUCAAUAGUGUCAUCGUCAAACGAACCGAGAAAAUGAAAAACCUGAAUCAGGAAAGUUCAAGGCUAUGGACUUACAUAGGCAGUGAAUACUUUGAUUUCUUGCAGGUCGACAUCGAGGUUGACGUAAUCAGAAACCUUACCAAAGCUGACGUUGUUGAGUUCUACAACACCUACAUCGAUUUUUCAUCUCCAAGACGUUCCAAAAUCUCUGUCCAUAUGCAUGCAGCAGCCACUCCUCCACCCCCUAUUCCUAUUCCUACGUCAGAUCAAAAGGCCACAUUAGCUCUAUCCCUUUCUCAAUUUAUCUCAAGCCAAGGGGGCGUCAGUGUUGAUGCUGUGCAUGUCGCAAAGGCUCUUGAAAGCACCGAUUUGACGAAGGCCGAAUCUAUUAUCGGAUCUGUGACAACCUUUCUAUCGAAGGAAUUGAAGUUGGCGGAUGAGAAGGUUAAAGUGAUUAUUGACCAAGGUUCGGCUUUGCUGGUACCAAUGUUAUCAAAGCUCUCAGGCUCGCUCCCGAAUGAAAAGUUCGAUGGAGAUCAGGGUCAAAUCAUUGAAGAUGUAUAUGGCUUCAAGGCUGGGUUGGAAAUGACAAAAGGUGCAAGGCCUGUCAGGCCACUAGUGGAAUUCGAGGAGUCAUCGGUUAAGCUUUAG